AUGGCCGUGGGUAGACUUCAGGCCGCACUGGCCGCCGCAACAAACGAGGUGACGGUGGCUGCAGCGAAUCUCAAUUUUGAUUUCACUCUGGUCAAGUACGAAGCACCCAAAGAAUACCAGCCACUAGGGGGCAUGCUAUCAGCAAGACGCAAAGACAACGCAGAGACUGGCUCAAGCCAUAAAUUGGCUCGGCAAUUGGGCGCGCUCUUCGAGGGCCUCUGUCCUACAGCACCAAAACUUCUGGAGGCGUAUGGUAAGCGGGCUUCGGAGAUCGCCAAAACCUCAGCCAAAGCUUCGGAACCGUACAUCGGGACUCUUUUUGGUGACUUCACAGGGAUUGAUGGAACAUCAAUAUGGGCCGCGGCUACCUCGUCGGACUCCGCCCUAUAUGUCCACUUGUUAGCUAGCCUCCUGGCUCGCAUGUGGAGCGCUCAGGAGGCCACCGCGAUAUGGACUGAACUGGUAGCAGAGCGCAGAAAGGACAUCGCAAACAAAGUGGAUAGGGGCGAACCAGUGAAGAUCUCACUUGCAGCUGCUGCGGGUCAAGAUAUCACCCGUUCUCAACUCGCCGCCUGGGAUACCAGUGCGAGAGCAUGGCUUCGCACAGCCGAUGGAGUUUCCGAACGCAAACAAAAGCAACUUGAGUUGAUACUCAAGAACACUAGUCUUCCCGUUAUCGGAGACUCCACGGUAUUCCCUGGCGUUAUCAGUACCUGGGCAACAGCUGUCGAAACCAUGGAAAAGCUUAUCACGGGCAUGCCACAGGCUGUUCGUGACGGCGCAUCGCUCAUAGGACUAUCUGCAUGGCACUUAUACCCUGACAUGGGCGUGUUCAGUCCUGAGGUCAAAGAGAUCAGGAUGAACGAUCCACUUGUUGCUGCUGGGGGUUUUCUGUCGAUUGGUCUAGCAACUACACCUCGCACCUCUGAUGAAUCUAGCGGCGUACAUUGGUCUCUAUCGUUAGCACAACUUCGGUUCUACGGAAGGCCAGUCAAAGUGCAGCGAGCUUUAGAGAACGGAGCCAGGAUCACCUUUCAGCAGCUCAACCUCGUUAUACUUGGCGUAUUACUCUCCGAGUGGCGGAUGAACGAGUCUCAAGGUGACCUUGCUGCCAAGGCGAUCAUCUCGUUGACAGAGUACAUAAAACACGGAGAGCCCAACGACUUGUCCAUGGUUCCAGUCUUCCGCCGCAGUAUGUAA